GUGGGUCCACUUCACAAGUUUCUUUCAAAUUUAUGGUAAUCAUCCAUUACUCUACUCUCUGAUGCAAGAAAGAAAGAAGAGUGUGUGUUUGAAAGAGUGAGAGAAUGGAGUUACGUGAGCUUGGUAGAACCGGAGUGAAAGUGAGCUCCGUCGGGUUCGGAGCUUCUCCACUGGGCAAUGUCUUCGGCACAGUUUCCGAGGAACAGGCCAACGCUGCCGUUCGCCUCGCCUUUCAAUCCGGCAUCAACUUCUUCGACACUUCUCCGUAUUACGGAGGGACACUGUCGGAGAAAGUGCUGGGGAAGGCACUGAAGGCUCUCGAAGCUCCUCGGAGCUCCUACGUUGUGGCGACGAAGUGCGGACGGUACAAGGAGGGUUUUGAUUUCAGCGCGGAGAGAGUGACGAGGAGCGUGGAAGAGAGCUUGGAGAGGUUGCAGCUUGACUACGUCGACAUUCUCCAGUGCCACGACAUCGAGUUCGGUUCCCUAGACCAGAUCGUGAAUGAGACGAUUCCGGCGCUGGUGAAAUUGAAGGAGGCGGGGAAGACGCGUUUGAUCGGGAUAACGGGGCUUCCUCUGGGGAUUUUCAGUUACGUGCUCGAUAAGGUUCCGCCUGGGACGCUUGAUGUGGUUCUUUCGUAUUGCCAUUACUCUGUGAACGACUCCAGCUUGGGGGAUUUGAUACCCUAUUUGAAGUCCAAAGGGGUUGGAAUCAUCAAUGCUUCUCCGCUCUCCAUGGGCCUUCUCACUCAUGCUGGCCCACCUCCAUGGCAUCCAGCUUCGCCUGAACUCAAGUCUGCAUGCCAAGCUGCUGCCGCUCAUUGUAAAGAAAAGGGAAAAAACAUUUCAAAGUUAGCGUUGCAGUACAGCUUGUUGAAUAAGGAAAUCUCAUCCGUGCUUGUAGGCAUGAAAUCCGUUGAACAGGUGGAGGAAAAUGUUGCUGCUGCAAGAGAACUUGCAAUUUCUGGAAUUGAUGAAGAGGCUCUAUCAGAAGUUGAAGCUAUUCUGAAGCCUGUUAAAAAUCAGUCAUGGCCUAGUGGAAUCCAGCAGAGCUGAUGUUUUUUCUACUGCCUAGUAUUGCUUAUGGAGACAUCCACUCCUGCUGUUUACUUUACUGCUAUAAUCCAAUUCAAUAAGAGAAAUUGCUUUGACAGCUAAUAAGAUCCACUAUCUAGAUAACUUUUGUUUUUAAGUCUAGAGUGUGUCCAAUAAUACAUAUCUCACUACGUCGUUAUUUAAUGCUCUUCAUCCUUGGUUGGAAAGUUAAGAGUCCCUGAUUGAACUGGUUUGUAAAAGUACAAUGAAAAGAAAGGCAGUAUUUUGUUCUCCUUAUUUAUCUUUUUAAUUUA